AAUACACAAAACUAUUUAGGCAAUUAAAAAUACUGUAGGAGAGAUCAGAGCCUCUCGGAUCCGAUAAGAAAAAUGACCAUGUACUUACCGCUUGUGGUCUUCACAGAGACAAAGAGGGAAAAUUCUGGUGUACCUCAAGACAUUAAGCCUUGGUGGGGUUGGGCAGGGCCCGCUUUCUGGUUGUUAUCAUGCUGAAACACUGAACAGACACACCCCAGCCACAAAGUUUGAAGGGGCCCAGCUUUUAAAACAAGUAUGCAGAGCCCUUUCUCUAACCCACCACCGUCAUAGGUUCUCUUACAAUUUAAAUUAAAGAUCUAUCCAUGACAUCUCUAGUUUCACAGCUGAGUCUGGGCUGUAUAAUGGGGGGCAUGUUGUGUGAAUUGUAUAGAAGUGAAGAGUUUUGAGGGUCAUUUACAAGAUUUACAAUUAAAAUACAGUUUCGUUUUAAAUUGCCCCCAUUUGUGUUAACUGUGAACUUAAAGGAAAUGGGGGUGGGAGGUAAGACAUUAAUAACUUGUUCCUAACAAGGAACAUUUUAGCAUUUAUAAGUAAUAUGUUCUUAUCGCCAGGACGGGAUUAAGCUAGUGGUUAAGCUAGUCUCAAAGUGGUUUACAUAGAAAAAUAAAGAGUGUUUAGAUGAUUCUCUGUCUCCAAAGGGCUCACACUCUAAAAAGAAAAAUGUGGUAGGCACCAGCAACAGCCACUGGACAAAUGCUGUGCCGUGCCUUCUCUGAAAAGGCACAUUUAGCAGAAAAGGGAUAUUUUAUCUAACAUGGACCAAAUAAAACAGGUAAAGUUUUAACUUUAAUUCCCAGUGGGAAGCCAGACUUACGGGGCCCUUGAAAACGUGGGGCCCAUAGCAAAUGCUACAUUUGCUACUACACUAAUCCGCCAUCGCUUAUUGCCCUGCCAUAAAGGAAAGGCUGAGUUCAGCCACAUGACCAUUUUAUAAACCACUAAGAUUUGCCCAUGGUUUAUUUAAUUUUCUGUCUUGGCUUUCUUUCUUUCUUUCUUUCUUUCUUUCUUUCUUUCUUUCUUUAUUGAGAACAUUUGUAUACUACCCUAAACAGAAGUCUCUGGGUGGUUUACAACAAAACAAUAAACACAACAAAUAAAAAAGUUAAAACAUUACAACAAUUUAAAAUUUAACACAUUAAAACUAUUAAAAACACAAAACAGUAUCUACUUAAAAGCUUGGGUGAACAAAUGUGUCUUGACUGCCUUUUUGAAAGUUGUAAGAGGUGGGGAAGAUCGUAUUUCAGCAGGAAGCCUGUUCCAAAGCCUCAGGGCAGCAAUGGAGAAGACCCUUCCCACCCUGAGUAGCCCCCAGAUGAACUAGUGGCAACUGCUGACGAACCUCUCUUGAUUAUCUCCGUGGGCGGUGUGGUUCAUGUUGAAGAAGACCAUUCUGAAAUGUUAAGGCUAGUGUAUGCCUUGAAUAAAGAAAAAUUGCACUUGGAAAUUUUGAAACAAAAUUCCCCCCAAACUGUUCCGUAACUUGACCCCCACUCCAAUAAUAAAAACUGAUUACUGAAACUUUUGGAUAGAUGAAGGGGUCAGCAAUUUUGAGGGGAUGAUGGGAUCAGAAAUCUUGAUCUUGAAGCAUUUUGGAACUAAACAUGUUGCGCAUGAAGAUAUUGUACAUAAUCCUUUAUGCAUUUAAUAAGGGUUGUGACUGAGACACAUUUCAAGGGGAUUAAUAUUCUUUGACCUUCCAAAUAUUGGAUUAUACCCAGUUCUGAAUAUCCAGAACUAUAUGUAGGCUUUCUUUUUCUUUCUUUCUUUCUUUCUUUCUUUCUUUCUUUCUUUCUUUCUUUUUGGCUAGAGGGUCUUUUGUAUGACCUAUGUGAUGAUAGAAGAUAUGGGGGGCAGAGAAAAGGGCAGAGACAGCUCUGUAGGAUCAACAUCUGAAUCUGACUGUGUAUCAUCAGAGCAUGGCUUCCUACCCCCUCCCCACAGAGUGGCACAUAUCUCAUUGCUAUAGGCAUACAGGAAAUCAAUACAAUUCACACAACAUGCCCCCCAUUAUACAGCCCAGACUCAGCUGUGAAACUAGAGAUGUCAUGGAUAGAUCUUUAAUUUAAAUUGUAAGAGAACCUAUGACGGUGGUGGGUUAGAGAAAGGGCUCUGCAUACUUGUUUUAAAAGCUGGGCCCCUUCAAACUUUGUGGCUGGGGUGUGUCUGUUCAGUGUUUCAGCAUGAUAACAACCAGAAAGCGGGCCCUGCCCAACCCCACCAAGGCUUAAUGUCUUGAGGUACACCAGAAUUUUCCCUCUUUGUCUCUGUGAAGACCACAAGCGAACGUGCUGGUGUUGCUGGAAGCCAAUCCUGAGCUAUCUGGAAUGCUGGCCUUUGUGAAUGAUAUUAAAACUGAUUUCCUGUAUGCCUAUAGCAAUGAGAUAUGUGCCACUCUGUGGGGAGGGGGUAGGAAGCCAUGCUCUGAUGAUACACAGUCAGAUUCAGAUGUUGAUCCUACAGAGCUGUCUCAGACAAACUCAUCUGCAGAAGCAAAAAACUAUUGCUUACAGACAGGAACUCAAGGUCGUGUUCCCUCAUUGUAUCUGCACAACAACCCUGUGAGGUGUAGAAUCUGGCUGAUUUGUUGCCAAAUUAGGGCUCUGAGGAGAUCCCAUAAUCAAACCCACAAGCAAACAGUAGAAUUGUUACCUUUAUGCAAAGGGGACUAUGCUACAAGCCUUGUAGGAGACUCCAUGCAGCAGCAACACUAUAAGCCUUGAACGGCUGGCUGGGAACUCCUUCCUAUUGGUCCUCACAUGUCAGGAGACACCAAGGCUCCAAGAGUCGCUUUCCUACCCCACUUCCAGCACCCCAGUCCACAGCCUCUGCUGCCAGCAGUCAGCAUCUCUCCCCUCCCAGCUGUCUCUGCCUGGCCGGCUCCCAUCCCCCCCUAGAACUGAGCUGAGAGUUCCGGCAUCCAUGGAGAUGGAGAAACGCAAAAGAUGCUCCAGAAGACAGUUGGCCAACUGCCUGCUUGCUGACCUGAAGCGAGAUGGCCUUCUUCCUCUGGGUUUUGGCUUUGGCCAUUACAAGCCUCAUUGCCUUGGUCUAUAUCUACCGGAAAAAGGGCCGUUCAAGGCGGAGGAGACAGGUACGAAAGAAGCGGCGUGUCCGGGUGGACCGUCGGCGUUUACCUAAGCGGCCCGCUAAAAAAACUGAACAUCAGAUGCCAGGACCUGUUUACGUGGAACAGCCUUGGCUUACGGAGUGUCUGUCACAGGGUGACUGCUACUUUAAAUGUGGAAAAUGGCGAAAAGAAAAACCUGCCCACCACAGGAGGAGACCUCUCAGCGUCCAAGAUCUUUGGCUCACUAUAGGACAGGGUGGAUUUCUCCCGGAGCAUGAGCGCUGGCUGCAAGAAUUUCUCUGUGGCACGAUGAGACCUAUGCUGCCUCCACUGCAAACUCCAGCCCUGUCCACCACCAAGGCCGAACGGACCCGACCCUACUUUGUGGAGACAGACCCUAACCACCCCAAUCUGUCCUGUGGCCUUAACCGGAGAGCAGUGCACUUACAGCAGGUGGGCCGAGCAAAAGUCCUGAGGCGCUUCCGCAAGCUGGCUGAGCCUCCACUGGAAACUCCAGCUCUGUCCACCAGCAGGACCGACCCAACCCGACCCUACUUUGUGGCUCCCCAAAACCAACAGGUCUGCCUUACCUGUGGCCUCGACCCCACAACAACAUUUUUAAAAAAGAAAGGGAGGUUCGAGACAUUGAAACGCUUCCGUAAGAUGAAUGAGAAGACGAGCAGGAAGAGGAAAAGGCCAUAUGAUCCAGGAGAAGGCCCAAGGAUCAAACGGAGGAGAAUCUGGCCCUAGUGACGUUUGUAUUUCAUGUUAUUACAUAUACUUCUUGUUAUUAUAGAUCCAAGUCAACUUGUACAAAAUCCCCCUCCCCUUGGCCUCGUGCGGAGGGGAGGGAGUUUGUCCCAGCCCUGCCCCGCACGAGGCCCAAGAAGCGGGCCGAUUGGCUCCCUUGAAAUUGGAGGCGUGGUCUGGGCCGUAAUCGGCCGAUCCACGCCCCAAGCUCUUCAGUUUUGCCUUGGCAAUCCCCUCCCUCCCUUCCUUCCCUGAUGCAGAGCGGGUCUAGCGGCUGGUCGCCUGCGGGGGCCGAGUAGGAAUUUUUUGCUCUCAACGCAUUGGCCACCGUUGGGGGUUUUUUCGCCUACUCCGUUCUGUACUCAGGUGUUUAGUUAGAGUUAGAGUUGGCAGUAACAGUGCGGGCUGAGGGGUAAGUUGAGGGUUAGAAUAUCGGUGAGCACCCUUGGAUCUUUAAAGGUUGAUUGGUCAAUUGCUCCUUUGUGGCCUGUGCGGCACGGGGAGAAUAGAUUGCCAUGAAACCUGCUUCAGGACUUCACCAACCUUUGGGCUGUGCAGUCCAGGGUGGGUGAAGACCUUGAAGUAUCCAGAUCCCCUCUUCUAAAGGGGGCGGUUGGCUCUGAAGGAAUUAGGCGGGGCGUACCUGCCUGUUUCCUGAGCCAGGGUGUGUCGCCCAGUGAGGCGAUGGGUAGGACGUUAGAGUCCUAGCCCGAGCCUAAGGGCCCGCACUGUUCUCUAAGGGUGAUUAAUCACCUGGCGUUCUAGUCCGCCAGCUCUGUUGUUUCUUUAAUAAAAUUGUGGUCCUUUCACCCAUAAAAAGUCUACGUGUCUUCUUGGGCUGGGGUCUGGGGACAACCUACUAUUUGUUUCUUUAUUUACGUCUACUCCUACUUGGAUUGAUAUGCUGUUGCUAUACUGGAACUGCAUUUGACCUGACCACUGUGAAAUUGCCUUCCGCUGCCAUUGGUUCACCAUAUUUAAAGCAGCAAGUAGUUCCAAAGGACUUGCUUCUAUGUCUUCAUCCUUGUUGACCAUCCACACUUUUUAUAGUACCUGUAUAAGUCUUUUCAAAAAGAAAGCUGGUUUACUAGCACAGAAAGGAUCAGUUUGAGCAGGUUCAUCAAUGUCCUUGAAGGUGGUCUUUGUGGGCAUGAAGCCAAAUGUGAAGAAACUGAAUUGGUUCCUAUGCUAAUAUCGAGGUGAAGCCUGCUUAAUUUCUAAGGACAUCUUUGUGCCCUGGUUUGAUAGACUUGUUUCUCUCAAUAUAUUUCAUUAUUGAUUUAUUAUUACUAUUAGUAUUAAUAAGGUAUUGUUGUUCUUGAAUAAA